CUAGCGGGGGAGACAGUACGCGAGUAUCUGGUCAGCAUAGAAAAUCUUUGCACGCGACGUAUUCAUUCAAACCAACCUUUCCUUGGUCCGGUCCCUCCCGUUUUCCCAGUGGAAAUUAAAAUGAUUUUAGGGGAGACGACAUCAUGACGUAUAUUACGUAAAUUGCGUAGAACCAGAACAAUCAUUCGCGGUAAGAGCAGAUCCAAAGCCUGUCGUGUUGGGAACGGGAACAACUACGUCACGUUUAUAGGAGAGAAGCAGGAAAAAAACGAAAACCGAUAGACGGAGGGAAGCAGCAAUCAGUCGUUCCGGACAAUCAAACCAGAGCCCGGAUUUGGAUUUGAGUCGUCUGUUUUGUCUACGCUGCAGAAUAAAUAGCGAGCCAUUCACUGAGUUAUGGAUCAGCGUUAUAUAUUUAUACUGUAGAGCGCGGAGAAUGGCUGAAACGAACAAACUGCAACUCGUCCAGUCCUGAGAGGACAGGUGAGGCGUAAAAGGAUAACGUGCUAGAUACGAAUGAGAAACGAAUGUGACGUUAUCGGCGGUAACGUUAGGUGAUGAUAUUGAGUUAUAAACACAGCCACUGUGUUGAUUUAUAUAUGUUAGAAUGUGUAUAGCCACGACCUUCUUAGGCAUUGCCUGAUUUAUGUGCGCUGGUUCGGAAGCUAGCUCGUAUCGGAAUACUGUGGCACCAUAGACGGAAGCACCUGUGUGGUCAGUUUAGGCUCGGAAGCCCCGCCACAGGCGGCCGAUCCAGCGGUGUCAUUCCCCCGGUACCACCCCGGAGGUAGAGCCCCUGUUCGGGCCGGCUCUGGAGUGGGAAAGGGGCUGAAAAGCGGAGGAUGGGAGGUCGAAGGGAACCGCAGAAGCGGAAUACGAGAAGGUACCGAUACAACACAGGGUCGUGAUGCCGGGCAUGGUGGUGUUUCGCCGGCGCUGGUCAGUGGGCAGUGAUGACCUGGUGCUCCCCGCCCUCUUUCUCUUCCUGCUACACUGUGCCUGGCUGGUGAUUCUGUCCAUGGUUGUGUUCAGCCUGCCGUACGGUUUGGGUCGGUCCUGCUCGGUCACACUGGUGGACCACGGGCGGGGCUACCUGGGCAUCCUGGUCAGCUGCCUGAUCUGUGAGAGCGCCAUCAUGUGGCUGAGCAUGAGAGGCAGCAUCCUUUACACAGAGCCCCGCGACGCCGUGCAGUACGUCCUGUACAUACGACUGGCUAUACUCCUGGUGGAGCUGGUCUACGCAGUGGUGGGAAUCAUCUGGUUGGUGCAGUUUUACCAGCCGUGCUCAGACCUCAUGGCCAAGAACCUCACGCUCGGAAUUGUGGCAUGUAAUUGGCUGGUGAUCUUCAGUUUCUUCAUCACCCUCCUGUGUACCUUCGACCCCACGGGGCGCACCUUCGUCAAGCUAAAGGCCACACGCAGACGCAAGCGCACCCUAACCACUUACACACUCAGACACAGGUUAGAGGAAGGCCAGGCCAGCAGCUGGACCAGGAGGCUCAAGCUAAUCAUGUGCUGCACCAGAGCUCAGGACUCCCAGUCUGAUGCCUACGCUGAGGUAGCCAUGCUUUUUGCGGAGUUCUUCAGGGACCUGGACAUUGUGCCCAGUGACAUCAUCGCGGGCCUGGUUCUGUUGAGGCAGAGGCAGAGGGCCAAGCGGUCAACCAUUUUGGAUCAGGUGAGAAAGAACAACGCAGCAAAAGAGGGAGGGAGGAAAUGGCAGCAAAUCGGCUCAAGCGGCGGUGCCUCCGCGUCCAAAGCUCAUCGGGCGCACGUCGAAAGUCGCCACGUUUUCUCCGCGGGCAGCGAGUUUCCGACGGAGUGGCAUAACGGAGUCAUAACGGCGCCACCUGCUCGUGCCAACAAUGACAUUCUAGCCUUUUUGUCUGGAAUGCCAGUCACCCGUAACACCAUGUACCUGGACCUGAAGAAUUCUGCUGAGAUGGCCAUGUAUAAGGACGUGUGCUACUACAUGCUGUUUGCUCUGGCAGCGUACGGCUGGCCCAUGUACCUCCUGAGGAAGCCUGGCUGUGGGCUCUGUCACCUGGCUAGCUCCUGUCCCUGUGUGUCGGUCUCAGGCUCUCAGCUCUCCCAGUCCGUGACGGUGGAGGAGGAUAACUGCUGUGGCUGUAACCUGCUGGCCAUCCGCAGGCACUUCCUGGACCAGGACCUGAAGCACGUCCACAUCGUCUACACUUCCUGUCAUGAUGAUGUUUACGAGACCCCCUUCUUCGUGGCGGUGGAUCACGACAAGAAGAAGGUGAUCAUCAGCAUCCGGGGAACCCUGUCGCCCAAAGAUGCCCUGACUGACUUGACGGGAGACGCGGAGCGUUUGCCUGUGGACGAGCCCCAAGGCACCUGGCUGGGCCACAAGGGUAUGGUUUUCUCUGCAGAGUACAUUAAGAAGAAACUGGAGCAGAAUAUGAUUCUGUCACAAGCGUUUGGCAGAGACCUGGGAAAGGGCACUAUGCACUACGGGCUGGUGAUCGUGGGGCACUCAUUGGGGGCGGGCACAGCUGCCAUCCUUUCCUUCCUGCUCCGCCCCCAGUAUCCCACACUGCACUGCUACUCCUACUCGCCCCCUGGUGGCCUGCUCAGUGAGGAUGCAAUGGAGAUCUCCAAAGAGUUUGUCACUGCUGUGGUUUUGGGGAAGGACCUGGUCCCCAGGCUUGGCCUCUCUCAGCUGGAAGGCUUCAGGCGCCACCUACUGGAGGUUUUACAGAAGAGCAACAAGCCAAAGUGGAGGAUCAUCAUGGGGGGCACAAAGUGCAUCCCCAAAUCGGAGCUGCCGGUGGACGACCCCCCCCAGGCCCCAGGGGACGCCCCCCCCAGCGCCCGCCUGUGGCUGCACCCCAGUGACCUCAGCAUGGCCCUGUCCUCCUCCACCCCCCUCUACCCCCCCGGCAAGAUCAUCCACGUGGUGCACAACCACCCCGCCGAGAGCUGCUGUGGUCAGGAGGAGCCCACCUACUCCGCUCUCUGGGGGGAUAACAAGGCCUUCGACGAGGUCAUCAUCUCCCCCGCCAUGCUGAACGAGCACCUGCCCCAUAUGGUGAUGGAAGGCCUCAAUAAGGUUCUAGAGAACUACAACAAGGGGAAGACGGCCUUGCUGUCGGCCGCCAAGAUCAUGGUGAGCCCCACGGAGGUGGACCUGGCCCCCGACUCCUUCUUCCUGGGACCCCCGAAUCCAAACCUGCGCAGGAACAGCAGUGUCCGGUCCUGCGUGCCCUCUGAGUUGUCUCUGGAAGGCUUCUCGGAGUGCGGUCCUCCCGGGGGGGUGCGUGGGCACCUCACGGUGGGGCACUGGGGGGGUCUGAAAGCGCCCCUGGCCGCGACGGAGAGCCUGUCGGACGCCGAGUCCCUGUACAGCGUGGACAUCCCGCGAGGCUCCCUCAGCCCCGCCUUCCCCCGCCACGCCCUGACGCUCAAAAACUCCUCGGGCUCCGCCCCCGGCCGCGGGCCCAGAUACCCCCACCACCUGUCCCCCUCCAUGGCGAAAUACCCCUUCUACAUCUCCGCCCCAGCCCCCUGCUACCCUCUCCACCUCUCCCCUCCAACGCCCCCCAGAUACCCCCACCACCUCUUCCCUCCCGCCCCCAGCUACCCUUUCCAUCUCUCCCCUCCCACGCCCCCUAAAUACCACCACCUCCCCUCGGCUAAGCCCUGCCCGGGUCCGCGGCCUCAGACUGUCAUAGGCUCGGGCCUCCACCAGGUGGCGCCAAACCCGUACACGGACUUCCUCUCCACGGGCUGCAGGGACUUCUCCCGGACCCUGGCCCUGCCGAGCUUGCACUGCUCCCCCACGGGGCCCGCUCACCCCCGGGCCGGCCCCCAGAACCAGGAGGCCUCAGAGGAGGAGGAGGAGGGCGGUGCGACGAGGCAGGGCGGAGAACCCGAGCCCAGCGCGGAAACGGAACCGGCGUCUUCGCUGCCCGACAGCGCCCCCUGCCAGACCGUGCUGGAGUUUUCCCAGCUCCUGGACAACCUGUUCCGGCUGGACGGCAGCGACCGGCCCACGCUGGGCUUCUCCGACGAGGAGUCCGAGUCGGGGCGCGGCUCGUACGACCUGGAGGAGGGGCUGGACGAGGGGCCCCGGACGGGACGGGGCCGGGCCCCGAAACCCGACCAGUCCUCCAGCCUGUCGCUCUCGUCCUCCUUCCCGCUCUCCUCGUCGGGGGAGCUGAAUGACCUUUCGCCCUCGGACGGGAGCCUCCCCCUGCAGUCCGCUGCCCUCUACACCGGAGAAAGCGUGCUCUCCUCCCUCGUCUGACACAGCUGGCUGUCCCCCCUGUGUACUGCAGCUCUCUCUGUCCCUCUCUCAUUCCCUAACACUCUCUCUGUCCUUCUCUCAUUCUCUAACUCUCUCUCUGUCCUUCUCUCAUUCUCUAACUCUCUCUCUGUCUCUCUCUCAUUCUCUAAC